AUGGAAUCUGGCAUGGAUUCGCUCUCCGCAGUAGAGUUCCGCAAUCGACUCUCAAGCGAGCUUCCUUCCCUGGACUUGCCAAAUACGCUGAUCUUUGACUAUCCCACGAUCGCUAGCGUCGCUGGCUACGCCACAGAGCAGCUGGGCACCACUUCUUCUCCGAUUGCCAUUGCAGGAAUGGUGCUUUGGACUGCAAGUUGCAUCCGGGGUGUCAGGAAUACUUGCGCUAAGGCCUUUCCCUUGUGGCAGGGCUCCCUUUCAACAGAGACGUUAGAUCAGCAGUGCUGGCUGAAGGCUGCAUACUUCCCUGGCGCAUCAUCCAGCUGCAAGACCUUCCACUCCGCUCUGACCAAGGGAGUGGAUGGCGGCGUGGAAGUGCCCUUCACACGCUGGGAGCUGGAAGAGGUCUGGGACCCGAACCCAGAUGCCCAGGGCAAGAUGUAUCCACGGCACGGCAACUUUGUCGAAGGUGCGGAGUUCUUCGAUGCCAAGUACUUCGGCAUCUCACCGCCGGAGGCACGGGCGAUGGACCCUCAGCAGAGGCUGCUCCUGGAGACGUCGAUGAACGGUCUGCUGGAUUCAGGGCUCACCAAGGCGGAGCUGAUGGGAAGCGAGGUCGCUGUCCACGUGGGUCUUGCGAACAACGACUGGAUCCAAAUGCAGAGCUGGGACUUCAAGAAGAUCAGUCCCUACACCGCCACAGGAAUGUCCUUCUCUGUCUCAGCUGGCCGAAUCUCCUACGCUCUGGGGCUGAAGGGGCCAAGUUACAUCGUGGACACGGCAUGCUCUUCUGCAUUGGUUGCCCUGGAUUGCUCAGCCACCGCACUGAGAAAGGGCCGAUGCAUGGCAGCGCUGAACACGGCAACCAACAUCAUGGCUAGUGCAACCACGUAUAUCAGCUUCAGCAAGCCACGAAUGCUGUCGGCAAAGGGGCGCUGCUUCACCUUCGAUGCGUCAGCAGACGGAUAUGCCCGAGGUGAGGGUGCCGGAGCUGUCGUGCUUCGUAAGCCAGAAGAUGCAAUCUCUGCCGCAGCGACCGUCCAGACACCCUCCGCCAGCUUGGAGCGAUGUGCGCUUUUGGGUGUGGCUGUGAACCAAGAUGGUCGCAGCUCCACACUGACGGCGCCAAAUGGCCCCUCUCAGCACAUGGUCAUGAUGAUUGCGCUGGCAGAGGCACGGCUCGCACCGCAGGAGAUCGUCCACAUGGAGUGUCAUGGCACCGGGACUCCACUGGGUGACCCCAUUGAGAUUGGUGGCAUUAAGUCUGUAAAUGCUUCCCGAAGUGCUGAAACACCAAUCGUCCUUGCAGCGGUGAAGUCCAACUGUGGGCACUUGGAAGGGCCGGCCGCCUCCACAGGCCUCAUCAAGUCUGUUGUGAUGAUGGAGCACGCAGCCUCCAUGGCUUCGUUGCAUCUUCGCCAGCUGAAUCCUAGCGUGGCAGCCUUGCACGAUCUCCCGGGCAUCUUUGUCACCGAAUCCGUGUGCAUCUCCAAGCUGGCCGGCGAGAUGGCACAAAAGGGCCAUGUUUCACGCCUGGGAGGAGGCCUCUCGUCCUUUGGAUUCGGUGGAACCAAUGCGCAUGGAGUCGUGUCUGCAGCGACGGAGGCAGGUGAAGCUUUCCGCAUGGAGCUGGCCAAAAAGGAGGCCAUAGCGCCGCCCAGGCCCUUGCCCGUGGCGUUCGAGCGCCGAAACUUCGCGUGGCGAGAGGUGGGCUACCGCUUCUUGCGAGCCAAGCCCAGCGAAGGCAUCUUUGAAGUGGCAAUGCGCAUGGACGUCUACGAGGUGGUGAAGCACCACGUCGUCUUUGGCUCCAUCGUGGUGCCGGGCGUCGUCUUCGUGGAGAUGGCACUGGAGGCCACGAGGGAGCUCUUUGGCGCCGGAGUGCGAAUCACGGACGUGAACAUGAUGUUCCCCUUCGUCAUCCCAAUUCGAACAACCGGCGCCGAGCCUGCGGCGAUUAUGCGCUUCGUCCUCAAGUCGGACACCCGCUUCCAGAUCGAAAGCACCUCGGCCACGGGGACCGUGACGGUUCACGCCGAGGGCGGCAUCAACCGGGCCCCUGCCAGGGGCGAAGAAGCGGAGGUGGACAACGCGGCCAAAGCCACGCCGGUCGACCUCGAGUCGUUGAAGGCUCGUGUGGUUGAGGUCGUUCCCACGAAAGAUGUCUAUGCUGCCAUUGAUGGUGUGGGCUUGUACCUGGGUCCAAUGUUCCAAACAGCAAAGCAGCUGUGGCGCAAAGAGCCGGAUGAGGACAGUGAGAGCACGGUCAUUGAGGUCUUGGGACGUCUCAAGCUGGAUGAUGGCGUUCCGAACGUUGGCUAUGUCCUACAUCCGGCAGUCUUCGAUGGAACGAUUCACAGCUUGGGAACGGCGUCUGUUGGCAAGAACGUAAAUGACCUGAAGAUCUUCGGUGGUGUGGGCCGCGUCUCCAUCAUCCAAAGUGAAAACUUCUCUCAACAGGACGAGUACUGGAUCUGGCUGAGCAUCAAGGAGAAGCUCGAGGCUUCAGAAACCUUCGACCUCAAGGCUGUGAAUCCUCCAAACAUCGGAGUAGGCAUCGAUUUUUCUCCAGCCUCUUCCUUCUCUGUUUAG